CAAUAGCGUCUUCCCGUUGAACCAUGGGUAUCGUAGUUUCUUUCCUAGAAGGGCUGCGUUAGGGUCUAUGUAGCACCGCACUACAUUUCCCGUCAUGCAAGAGGGCGGUGGGAGGGCUUUCGAAAGGAGACGCAAAGUACAGUCAGCAAACGCCUGGAGAAGAACUCAGGAAGCCGGCAAGUGCCACUUGACUACGGUGUUUUGAAGGGACCCGAGCAGGCUGCUGAAGAUGGCCGGGGAAAUGACAGUGCUGGGUUCUGCAAUUUUGACACUCCUGUUAGCUGGAUACUUGGCCCAACAGUAUUUGCCUAUGCCCACACCAAAAGUAAUAGGAAUUGACCUUGGCACCACGUAUUGUUCAGUUGGAGUGUUCCUUCCUGGCACCGGGCAGGUGAAAGUGAUUCCCGAUGAAAAUGGACACAACAGCAUCCCAAGCAUUGUCUCAUUCACUGAAAAAGAUGUAUAUGUGGGAUAUGAUGGACUAGAGCUGGCAGAUGCAAAUCCACAGAACACUGUGUAUGAUGCGAAACGCUUUAUAGGAAAGAUCUUUACACCAGAGGAGCUGAUAAGAGAAAGUAAUAGGUACCCCUUUAAGAUCCUUAACAACAAAGGAGCUGCUGAAUUUUCUCUGUCAACGAAUGAGACGUUCAGUGUAACACCAGAAUACAUUGGUUCUCAGUUGCUCUUGAAACUGAAGAGGAUAUCAGAGGAGUAUCUUGGAAUGCCAGUUUCCAAAGCAGUGAUUUCAGUGCCAGCCGAGUUUGACGAAAAGCAGCGAAACUACACAAUUAAAGCAGCAAACCUUGCAGGGCUGGAAAUCUUGCGAGUAAUUAAUGAGCCUACUGCUGCCGCAAUGGCAUAUGGCCUCCACAAGGUUGAUGUGUCCAAUGUUCUGGUGGUAGAUUUGGGUGGAGGAACACUGGAUGUUUCUCUGCUGAACAAACAAGGAGGAAUGUUUUUGACACGAGCCAUGGCAGGUAACAACAAACUUGGUGGGCAAGACUUCAAUCAACGGUUGAUGCAAUAUCUGUAUAAUGAGAUCUAUCUCAUGCAUGGCUCUCUGCCUUCAAGAAAGGAAGAGAUACAUAGACUCAGGCAAGCUAUAGAAGCUGUCAAACUAAACUUGACAAUUCACCGCUCUUCCACAAUCAGGGUUUCUCUAACUAUGCCAGAGAAGGAUCAACAUCAACACUCGCAGAAGCAGCAUGAAAAUAUCGUUUCAGAAAUAGAAUCUCAGAUGAAGAGUAUGAGGGACAGCUUUUCAGAAACACAGAGCAAUAAUACUUGGAAAAACAUUCUCUUUGAAACAGAAAUUUCCCAAAAACUCUUUGAGACAUUAAAUGAAGAUCUUUUUGAGAAGAUCCUUGUGCCCAUUGAGCAGGUGUUGGAGGAAGGGCAUCUACACAAGACUGAAGUAGAUGAGAUUGUGUUAGUUGGAGGCUCCACUCGAAUUCCAAGAAUACGUAAAGUUAUUACACAAUUCUUUGGGAAGAAACCCAACACUUCUGUUGACCCAGACUUAGCUGUGGUCAUAGGGGUGGCUAUCCAAGCAGGAAUUGUUGGAGGAUCAUGGCCUCUUCAAGUCAGUGCUGUGGAAAUCCCAAACAGGCAUUUACGAAAGAGAAAUUUCAAUUGAGUUUCAGUAUUCUUAUACCUUUUGUGUUAUUCCUAACUUUGGUUCAUUUGCAUGGUACUGGGCUUUGCAGAGUCCAUUCGUUUUCCUUCAUUUUCCUUUGUAAAGGUUUGGUAAUUUGAAACUGAGAGGUCAAUUUCUACUUGAACUGCAGAAAAGUGUGCUCAGAUGUGAAAGCCAGUGGUCAAAAACACUGUUCUUGGAACAUAACCUUGUUUUCCCCCCAGUUGAGUAAUCACCAAAGCCUCCAGACGUCAUUACUUGAAAAGAGAAUUAAAUAAUUCUGGAAUUAUGAUGGCAAUAGUGUUGACAUUGUCUCCUGGCUCUUCCCAGGUAUUUGUAUUGCCUUGCUUGACUCGGCACAUUGCAGUAUUUAUUCAGAAGUUCAUGUUAAAUGACAUUUAAAAGCACUUUCUCAAUAUUGCAUUCAAGCUUGAAUAUUUUACACAUUGUUAUCAGCAUUUCUUGUCUGAUGCGUUCCUUAGCAGCAGCAGGCAUGGGAAAUCAUUACUGCUGAAGAGCUCUCUUAAUAUUUCCUACUUUGAGGUGGUAAGAAAUAAUGGUUAUGAAAGGUUGAGGGAGAGAAAAAGAGAGAUAAUAGCAUCUGAGUAUCAACAUAGUUCGAAUGUCAAGCUAAACAAAUGCUUAGUGUUACAUAAAUUGGAGUGAUACACUCUUCUAGAAUGAUCAUGAUUGGAAGGCUUUGCUUUCCAUUUUCCAGUUAUCCGCAGUUUUUCAGAUUAUGUUGAAUCUGUAAACUUGUAACUAGUUUACUGAUAUGAGCCAACAUCUUAAGCUGUUGGUUGGACUUGACUUGUUUCAAUUAACCAUUGGAAUUGCUAGCCACAAUGUGUCAGGUUUACCUAAACCAGAAAUAAGGAAAGUAUAUAGGACUGAGGUUUGCUUUCAAUAAAUCAUAGCUAGGCACCUUCUAGCCAUCCAGUUUUUUCUUUAAAAAAUCCUAUCACUGUUGAUUAAUACAUUCAGUACUGUGGGAUGAUGGGAGUGUUACAGAGACAUCUGAAGAGCUGCAAGAUGCUCGUACUAAACUAUAGUAUGUUCAGAUGAAUCCACUGUAUGAAUCUCAGUCUAAUGGCUCUCUUGCAGUUCUGAUAGACUAAUAUUACAGAAGUUAUUUCAUAAGGACACACCUUUGUCUGCACUUUAGCUGUUGCUGUUUAUGCACUUCUUGAAACAGUCUAACAUUCCAUUUAAAAACUCAUUUGAGAUAGUACAUUCAGUUACUGUUUUGGUCGAAGUUACUGUAUUGGAUAGAAAUAUUCUAUGAUUAUUGAAAUGAGAAAACUCCAUGCGUGAUAAUAGAAAUAUUGGUAUUUUGAGGCUGCCAUUAGUCUGUUGUAUUGAAGUAAGUAUAUUUGUUUACUGUUCAUACUAGGUUUAGAUUUGUUUUCAAAACUGUUAUUUGUUUUUAUUUAAAUGGUCUAAAUCAUUUGCAAAUCCCAUCACAAGUGAUUCCAUUAAAUCAACAAGAUGUACAUACUUGUUGAUUUAUAAUUCAGCAGUUGAUUUACUGGGCCUGCUCUGUUUGGGAUUAACAAAUGAGUUAGGGCCAGAAGGACUAUUCUUAAAUCCUAAAUUAUCAAAAGGUUCAUGCUGUACUUGAAAACAACACUGGGGUUUCUUUUCUUUUUUGGCUUUUGAUAUUCAUUCAUAUGGACAAAUAGAAACUCAGCAAAGUAAUUUUUCUUUUGGUUGGAAACAUUUAAGCAUAAUUGGGGAAGUAGUUACAGGUGGCUGCCUGUUUUACACAUGCUUUUCUAUGUGAACCUUUUGUCAGUGAUUGUUAAAACCAUUUGUAUAUGGAACAAAGCUUAUACUGUAUUGAUAUCAACUACUUGCCUAGUUUUCAGGGAAUUGUGAAAUUCAUUCUCAGUAGUCAAACUUGGCUUCCCUUUUCUUUAAAUCUCAGUUCACAUUCUGAAGAGCAAACAGUUUUUAAAUUAUAGUUUGCGACAAGUUUUUAGCAGUUCUGAGUCUUUAGGUGUCAGUUGUUUCAUUUUUUAAAAAAAGUACCAAAAAUCCCACUGGCCUUUAUGGUUCUUUGGAUUUGGACUGUACCUUUUAUAAAUCUGAAACUCUUCACGCAUUUCGAGUGUGAGGGAUGUGUGGCACUCCAGAUGUUCAACUCCCAUUAGGCCUGUCUGGCAUUGCUUGAGAAGAGGGAUGAUGGGCAUUGCUGUCCAACAAUAUCUGGAAGAUUACACAGUCUUCAUCUCUGUUGUGUGCCUUACUCAUUUCUGACAUAUGGUGACUCUAAGGUGAGGCUUUCUUGGAAUUUUUUUUUCAGAGGAAGUUUGUCUUUGCCUUCCUCUUGCUGAAAGAAUGUGACUUGCCCAAAGCCAGUCUGGGUGUUUUCUACACCACACAGGCUCUCUCUCCAUCUGUUAAACUGCACUAAUUAAUAGAGAUCUACACUAGAUACUGAAAAGGGAAGUCAACAGUUGAAUUGAAAUAGCCUUUUAUAUUCUUGCCAAAGAACAAAGCCCUCUCCAGUUGCUUAGAAAGUUGGUAGCAGUGCUCAUUUAUAUUCAUGUUUUGUUUGAUUAAAGAAGAAAAAGAAAGCUUUACCUCACUGUAUUGUAAAUGCUGUUGAUCUGUUUUUUAAAGAAAUAUGUUGGAACCUUAAGUUAUUAGGUAAUAAUUUUAUGUAGCCCAAAACAUGUUAAAAGAUAAACUUUGAUAUAUGGAUCUCCUAUCUGAUGUGGCGCAGUGAGUUAAACCCUUGUGCCAGCUGAACUUCUGACCUAAAGGUUGGUGGUUUGAAUCUAUGGAGACGGAGUGAGCUCCUGUCUGUCAGUUCUAGCUUCCCAUGCAGGGACAUGAGAAAAGCCUCCCAGCAGGAUGGUAACACAUCCGGGCGUCCCCUGGGCAACAUCUCUGUACACAGCCGAUUCUCUCACACCAGAAGCGACUUGCAGUAUGUUUGCUUCUAACAAGAUUAAAGAAAUAUAUGAAUAAUAGGUUAAUCCUAUUUUAUGUUAAAAUGGAACAAAUUAACAUCAAGGGAACAAACUUUUGUAUCUUACAUUCAAAUUUAGCAGGAAGAAAAAUCCAUUUACUUAGUAUUUUGGAAGAACAAAAGGAAAACCCUCUCUGGUGGACCAACAUCCAAGGAACCUAUCUAUUAUGGUACAGAUACAGAUUUGCACAGGUAGUUAAAGCAGGUAUCAAUGUAUAAGAAACAGAAUCAAUUUGCUUGCUUUUUGAUGUUACAUCAGGGCUGGAGAACUUUUGGACUACAACUCUUAUCAUUCCUUGCCAUUGGCUAGACUUCUGAAAAUUGGACUCAAUGCUGAGAUUGAGAUUUAAUUGCAGGGUUAGAAGAGUUGUUUUACCAAGAGACAAAUACAUUUUGGACAUCAUUUAGACCCACUGGUUAUUAAACCAUGAUAGAACCAUAUCUUUUCCACAUAAAAAAUAAUUACAGUAAAAUAUUUCUCUUUUUCAAGCCACUGCUGUCUAAAGAAAAAUAACAUGCUCAAAUUGCUUUCAUGGGUGUCUGUUAAAUUACUGUUUACAAAACAAAAUUUAUACUUUCUUCAAAUUAUAAUAUGUCAAGUUGGCUAAGUCAGUGGUCAGUCUUUUUUGCUGCUGCUACAGUUGCUACUAGAUUGUUGCACAGAAAAUGAAGGCUACUGUGAAAAACCUUUCUUGAAUGAAAAAAAAAGUUUCCUCUUCUGGAGAUUGCAUUCAUAAAAUUGACUUUUUGUAUUAAAAUAAAAGGCCUUUUUCUAGA